GUCGAGAAGACAGUCGACCAUUGCAGCAGACACUCAAGGACGAGAUUGAGUCGCUUAGUUGCUCGUAGAGUUACUGUUUUUUUGUUUUUAAAUUAAAGCUAAAACAGGAAGUUGAAGAAGAUUAGAAGAACGAAGACUGCGACAUUUGACAAGCUGGAAAAGAGACAAAGACGUCAGGAUAAAACUUAGAUAGAAUAAGAAGAGCGCGACAUGGAGGAAGAGGCAGCGUCUGCUGCUCCGCUGACGGAUGGAUUUACUGAAGACGUGAAGGGAGAGAGAAAAGCGUCGGUGGAAACGACGGUCGUGACAUCGUCCACGUCUGUCGUCACCGCGACCACGACCGCGACGGACCGAGUAGAGGAGAAAGAGGAGGCUCAGGCAGAGGAGAUGAUACUGUCCACGACUGUCGUCACGACGAUGGAAAGGACGGAUGAAGUGGAGGAGGAAGAGGAGUGUGAAACUGAGAAAGUAUCACAGGGGGAAGAUGUUGAGGAGGAAAAGGAGGAAGGAGAAGAAAAAGAGGAGAGCGAAGGGAAAACGAUUCUGGGACGUUGGGAAUCAGAGGCUACUGCUGAUGUGAAGCCUCCUCUGCCUGACCCAGCGUUCAACAGGAGGUGCAGUUUACUCGCCAGUGAUGUGAAGUAUAAGGAAGACUUUGAGAAGAUGAAAGGUCAGAGUAUGUUUGUUCCUGGAGCCGAACUCAUCCACUCCAAGAACAUCAGCGCUGUGAUAUCUGAGUCCAAGUAUAAAGAGGACAGUAAGAAGGAGUCGUCUCUGUCUCUGUUCUCUGUUCUGCCGGAGACGCCACAGACGCAACACGCCAGAGAAGCUUCAGAGCUGCAGAGUGAGAUUAAAUACAAAGGGAACUUGAAGACAGAGAUUUCCUCCUCUCUUUAUUCUCUGCUGCCUGAAACCACAGAGACUCAGUUUGUCAGAGAGCUGACGGAGAUGAUGAGUGAGAACAAAUACAAAGAAGAAGGAAAGAAGGAGAGGAGCAGCAGUUUGUACUCUCAGCUUCCUGAAACAGCCGAGAUGCAGCUGGCGAAGAGCGUCCACGAGUUCCAGAGCGAGAAAAAGUACAAAGAAGAUGGGAAGAGAAAGGCGUCCAUCUCCCUCUACUCCCAUCUCCCUGACACGCCAGAGAUUCAGCACGCACUGGAGGUGUCGCAGCUGCAGAGCGAGGUGAAUUAUCGUCCGAAGAAGCUUUUCAAAGGAGCUCCGCCCUCUCUUUACUCCCAACUCCCCGACACUUCGGAGAUCCAGUUCGCCAGAGAGAUGACGGAGAUGCACAGCGAGAGUAAAUAUAAAGAAGUCGGGAGGCGGAGCCUCUCGCAGAGUUUCUACUCGCAGCUUCCAGAGACGACCGAGACUCAGUUUGCCAAAUCUGUGGCUGAGCUGCAGAGCAAGAUGCGCUACAAAGAAGCAGGAAAGAAAGUCACAAACUCGUGUCUGUACUCCUUUCUCCCUGAGACGCUGGAGACGGCGCGCGCCAAAGAAGUGUCGGAGCUCGUCAGUGAGCUAAAGUAUAAAGAGGACGGUAAGAAGGAGAUGAACGUCAGCCUUUACUCUCUGCUGCCCGACACCAUCGACACACGACACGCCAGAGAGGCGUCACAGCUGCAGAGUCAGGUGAAAUAUAAAGAGAAGAGUCAGAGCAGUUUGUAUCAUUGUCUUCCAGAGACGACGGAGACACAGCUUGCCAAACAGCUGUCAGAGCUGCAGAGUGAGACAAAGUACAAAGACGCUGGGAAGAAGGAAGCGAGUUCCUCUCUCUACUCUCUGCUGCCGGAAACCAUGGAAACGCUGCACGCCAAAGAGACGACAGAGCUGCUCAGUGAGGUUAAAUACCAGGAGAGCAGCAGGAAGCAGAUGAGCAGCUCGCUGUACUCCACGCUGCCCAACACGCCUCAGACCAGCUUGGCCAGAGAGAUGACGGACAUGCUGAGCGAGAGUAAAUACAGAGAGGCUGGCGUGAAGAGUCUGACUCAGAGUCUGUACAGUCAGCUGCCACAGACGCAGGAGACGCAGUUUGUCAGAAGUGUCUCUGAGCUGCAGAGCGAGCUGAAAUACAAACAGGGGAACAAAGACGUGUCCAGCUCACUAUAUUCAACUCUGCCCGAGACCCUGGAGACGCUUCACGCCAGAGAAGCUUCUGACCUUCAGAGCGAGCUGAAGUACAGGGAGGCUCUGAAGAAAGACCUGUCCUCCAGUCUGUUCCACCUGCUGCCUGAGACCACAGACACGCUCCAUGCCAAACAAGUCUCCGAACUUCAGAGCGAGCUGAAGUACAAAGAGGACGGUAAGAAGGAGAUGAGCAUGAACCUUUACUCUCUGCUGCCCGACACCAUCGACACACAACACGCCAGAGAGGCGUCGCAGCUGCACAGUCAGGUGAAGUAUAAAGAAGGCUUGAAGCAGAAGACAGAGAGCAGUUUGUACCAUCGACUUCCAGAGACCACAGAGACUCAGCUGGCUAAACAGCUGUCAGAGCUGCAGAGCGAGAUCAAGUACAAGGAGUCGGGUAAGGAGGAGGCGACCACCAACCUGUACUCACUGCUGCCUCACACCAUGGAGACGCAGCACGCCAAAGAAGCCGCAGAGCUGCUCAGUCAGGUCAAAUACAAGGAGAGUGGGAAGAAGGACAUGUGCAGCUCGCUGUACUCCUCGCUGCCCGACACAUCGGAAACCAGCUUUGCCCGAGAGAUGACGGACAUGCUGAGUGAGAACAAGUACAAAGAGGCCGGGAAGAGAAGCCUCUCUCAGAGUUUUUACUCUCAGCUCACAGAGACAGCAGAGAUUCAGUUCGCUAAAGGUGUCUCUGAGCUGCAGAGCGAGUUGAGAUACAAAGAAGCCGCAAAGAAAGACGCCACAAACUCUCUGUACUCCACUUUACCUGAGACUCUGGACACACAGCACGCUAAAGACGCUUCACUGCUGCACAGUCAGCUGACGUACAGACAGAAUGUAAAGGACACGUCGUCGUCGAGUCUUUAUCACAUGAUGCCUGAAACAAUGGAGACACAGUUUGUCAGAGAGAAGACGGACAUGAUCAGCGAGGUCAAAUACAAAGAGGACGGAAAGAAAGAGAUGAGCGUCAACCUGUUUGGUUCUGCUCUGCCCGACGCUGUCGACACACAGAGAGUUAAAGAGCUGACAGAGCUGCACAGUCAGGCUAAAUACAAAGAAGCCAGUAAGAAACAGGCGUCCACGUCUCUGUACCAUCGACUGCCUGAAACCAUGGAGACGCAGCACGCUAAAGAGGCGUCGCAGCUGCAGAGCCAGAUUUUGUACAAAGACGCAGUGAAGAAGACAAUGUCGUGUCCGGUUUAUCACCAGCUGCCUGACACGCUGGAGACGCAGUUCGCUCGAGAAGUCGCAAACAUGCAGAGUCAAAAAAAGUACAAAGAGGAUGUGAUGAAGAGUCAGAGUCUCUACAGUCACAUGACCGAGACCAACGACACAACGUUUAAUAAAAGUGUUUCUGAACUACAGAGUGAGACAAAGUACAGGAAGUGUGGACGUCAGGAGGCGGCGAGCUGUUUAUACUCCACCAUGUCUGAGACUCUGGACACUCAACACGCCAGACAGGCCUCACAGAUCCAGAGUCAGGUCAAAUAUAAAGAGGACGUACAGAAGGAUUUGUCGUCCGCUCUGUUUUCUACUCUGCCUCAAACCAUCCAGACUGAGUUAGCCAAGGAAGUGACGGAGCUUCAGAGUCAGGUGAAAUAUAAAGAAGACAGUAAGAAGGACAUGUCCUCGUCUCUCUAUCGUCUCCUCCCCGACACGACAGAGAUGCAUUUUGCCAAACACAUGUCAGAGAUUCAGAGCGAGGUGAAGUACAGGAAGGACAAAGAGGACCUGUGUGACACGCUGUACGCUCUGCUGCCUGAGACUCUGAACACACAGUUUGUUAAAGACAUGGCUGAGACUCACAGUGAGGUGAAGUACAAACAGGAGGGGAAACAGCAGACGUCGUCGUCUCUUUACUCUAAACUUCCUGAGACUCUGGAAACUAAACGUGUCAAAGAAGUGACGGAGCUGCAGAGCCAAAACAAGUACAAAGAUGGAGGGAUGAAGGAGACGUCGUCGUCUCUUUACUCUCAGCUCUCUGAAACGGCAGAGACACAGUUUGCUCGUGAGCUGACGGAGCUGCAGAGUCAGAACAAAUAUAAAGAAAGUGGGAGGAAGAGUCAGAGUGUCAGCGUUUACUCGCUGCUGCCAGAAACCAACGAAACUCAGUUUGUCAAAGCUGUUUCUGAACUUCAGAGUGAGAACAAAUAUAAAGAAGCAGUGAAGAAGAACUUGUCCAGCUCUCUGUACUCAAAGCUGCCGGAGACUCUGGACACGGCUCACGCCAAAGUGGCUUCACAGCUGCAGAGUCAGGCAAAGUACAAACAGGACAGUAAGACUGAGGCGAGUGACUCUCUGUAUCAUCAUCUGCCUGAAACCAAGGAGACGCAGCUGGCCAAGGAGCUCAGAGACGUCUACAGUGAGUUGAAGUACAAAGAGGAGGCGAAGAAAGGCGUGGCUAACAACCUGUACUCACUUCUGCCUGAAACAGCUGAGACGCAGUUUGCCAAGCACGUGUCAGAGAUACAGAGUGAGGCCUUGUACAGGAAGGACAAAGACGAUCUGUCCGUCAGUCUGUACUCGCUGCUGCCGGAGACUCUGCAGACGCAGUUUGUCAAAGACAUGGCUGAGACGCACAGCGAGGUCAAGUACAAGGAGGCGGGAAAGAAAGAGGUGAGCACUUCUCUGUACCAUCAGCUGCCCGAGACUCUGGAGACGCAGCGAGUCAGAGAGGUCACUGAGCUGCAGAGUGAGAACAAGUACAAGGAGAGCGGGAGGAAGCUGAUGUCGUGCAGUUUGUUCGCUCAGCUGCCGCAGACGGCCGAGACGCAGCUCGCUGCCAAGAUGUCCGACCUGCACAGUGACAGUAAAUACAGAGAAGACGGGAUCAGGAGCCUCUCUCACAGUCUUUACUCUCAGCUGCCACAAACCACAGAGACGCAGCUCGCCAGGACUGUGUCUGAGCUUCAGAGCGAGGUGAAGUACAGGGAGGCGAGUAAGAAGGAGGCGAGCAGCUGUUUGUAUCAUCGACUCCCUGAGACUCUGGAGACUCAGCACGCGAGAGAGACGGCAGAGCUGCACAGUCAGGUGAAGUACAGAGAAGGUAAGAAGGAGCUGAGCUCCAGUCUCUACUCUCUGCUGCCGCAUACUGAGGACAUGAAGGCAGCUAAAGCUGCCAUGGAGCUGCAGAGUCAGAGUAAAUACAAACAGAAAGGCAGAGACGAGAUCAGCAGCAGCGUUUUUCGCCACAUGUCACAAACCAACGAGACGGAGUUCGCUAAACAGAUGUCGGAACUUCAGAGUCAGGCCUCAUACAGGAAGGACAAAGACGAUCUGUCUGUCAGUCUGUACUCGCUGCUGCCGGAGACUCUGCACACGCAGUUUAUCAAAGACAUGGCUGAGACGCACAGCGAGAGUAAAUAUAAAGAGUCCGGUAAGAAGGAGCUGGUAAACAGUUUGUAUUCUCUGCUGCCGCAAACCAAAGAAACUCAACACGCCAAGGAGCAAACUCGGCUGCACAGCGAGAAAGCGUACAGAGAGGAGAGUAAGAAGGAGGCGAGCUGCAGUCUGUACGCACACAUGCCUCAGACCAUUGAGACCGUGUUCGCCAAAGAGCUGACCAAGACGCAGAGCGACAAGUUUUAUAAGGACAAGUUUAACCGUGAGAAAGGACUGUCCAACUACACCAACAUGAAGACACUGCCUGAGGUGGAGCACGCCAUGGAGGUCAACAAGAACCAGAGCCAUGUCGGCUACACUAAAGAUAAAGAGGAGCUUCAUCAUUACAACGCACUUCCUAACAGACCUGACAUCAUCAACGCCAGCAACGCUGCUAAACUGGCCAGUGACGUUGCCUAUAAGAACAACACAAAGCCAGUCUACAGUGACGGCUCAGUUUUAUCCAGAACUGACAUCCAACACGCUAAAGAGGUUUCUAAACUGACCAGCCAGGUGAAGUACAAGGAGAAGUUUGACAGACAUUUAAAGGGCCAGAAACCUUGUUACAACCCACUCGACUGUGUUUCCUUCAAACACACACAAGCUGCUGCUGCUCUGGCCAGUCAGGUGAAGUACAAGAACAACCAGAACCAGAAACCUGAAGGAUCUGCAGACCUGCCGAACCUGCUGCAGCUGGAGCACGUGCUGCACGCCAGCAAACUGCAGAGCAACGUGGAGUAUAAAAAGAAGUACGAGCAAUCGAAGGCGCACUACCACGUCCCCGUGGAUACUGCUGAACAGCUUCACCACAGAGAGAACGCAGCACUGCACAGUCAGGUGAAGUACAGAGAGGAGUAUGAGAAGAACAAAGGUCGAUGUCAGAUGGAGUUUUCUGACACUCAGACGUACAAAGUGUCCAAAGAAUCUCAGAAGAUGCAGAGUGAGAGAGAAUAUCACAGAGAUUAUGAGGAGCAGGUGAAGGGAAGAGCGUUGGUGGACGUGGAUCAGACGCCUGGUUACCUGACGGCGCGUCACGCCACCUCUCUGCUGAGCGAGAAGGAGUACAGGAAAGACCUGGAACAGGAAGUGAAGGGGCGGGGCUUGUCAGGCGUGGGUCUGGAGGAAACACCUGAGCUGCUGAGGAUUAAAAACGCCAGUCAGAUCCUGAGCCAGAGAGAAUACCGCCGCGAUCUGGAGCAGGAGAUUGUGGGUAAAGGCAUGGAGCUGAGCGCCGACGUCCUGGAGAUACAACGAGCCAAGAGAGCGUCACAGAUCCAGAGCCAGAGAUUUUACAAACAGACGGAGCAGCUCAGAGAGAACUCAUACGGAACGCUCACAGACACUCCACAGCUGUUGCACGCCUCCUACCUCAAAGACGUCUACAGUCAGAAGAAGUAUAAAGAUGAGGCGGAGCGUCUGAAGGGUCGUUACAGUCUCGUGUCUGAAACUCCAGAGAUGGAGCGAGUCAGAGAGAACCAGAGACACAUCAGCUCUCUGCGCUACAGCUGGGACUCCAAGCUCAUGAGAGGGUUAAAGUUGUCCGUCACAGAGACGCCGGAGAUCGUCCUUGCCAGAGAGAACACCAAGAAGAUCAGUGACGUGCAGUACAGAGAGGAGGUGGGACACGGGACCGCUGUCAUGGAGACGCCCGAGAUGGAGCGAGUGAGACGCAACCAGGAAAACAUCAGCUCUGUGAAGUACAAGCAGAGCGCGGUGAAGGCCACGAGUGUCGGAGUGACGCCGGAGCUGGAGCGAGUCCGACAGAACCAGGACAACAUCAGCUCGGUCAAGUAUCAGCGCGGGCUGCAGGAAGUGAGGGGGCGGAGCUGCACUGAGCUGGACACGCCCGAGUACAGGCGUGUCAGGAAGUCACAGGACACGGUUUCCAUGGCCAAGUAUCAUGAGGACUUUGAGCGAGCGCGCGGCCGCGGCUACACACCGGGAUUGGACGAUCCUAGCAUGGAGCGCUACCAGCGGGCCAAUCAGAUGAUGGGGGAGGCGGCCUAUAGCAAAGGGAUCCACCCGCAGGCGAUGGAGAUGGACAGACGACCGGGAGGCAUCAUCGUAGACCUGAAGGUGUGGAGAACAGACCCAGGCUCCAUAUUUGACUUUGACCCUCUGGAGGACGAAGUCCAGUCCAAGAGUCUCCGCAGGAUGUCCGAGCGGGUUGAGCGCAGGCUGAGCAGGCCUCACUCGCAGCAGUCUCUCACCCACAGCCAGACUCAGUCCGUCAGCUCCCUGACCUCUGACCUGUGGGAUCGUAGCAGCGCUGACACUCCUGCUCCAGUCCUUCCUGGAGCGUACCAUCAGGGCGUUCAGAUGCAGCAGCAGCAGCAGCAGCAGCAGUAUCAUCACGGCUACAUGCACCAGACCAGCAUGUCAUCGGUCAGAUCCGUCACCUCCCCGCCACACUCGGCCACAAUGCGCGUUUAUCGGGCACUGUACGAUUAUGCGGCUCAGGACCUCGACGAGGUUUCCUUCAGGGACGGCGAUGUCAUCAUCAACGCUCAGCCCAUCGACGAGGGCUGGAUGUACGGCACCGUGCAGAGAACCGGGAAGUCGGGAAUGUUGCCUGCUAACUACGUGGAAUGUUGCAACUAAAGGAGAAAAAAAAAGAGAAAAGAAAAAAAAAAAUAAAGUUAGACGUUAACGAUCUUUGAAUUUCAACGUAAGACGACGUCCCAAAUGUGUUCUCUAGAGUAUUCUUGAGAAAUGUAGGUAAUCCCGAUAGGAGCUUCACAGAGUGUUUCAUUUAGCUCGGAAGUCGGAACCAGGAACCACGUCACAUGGCGUUUAAGUUAAGUUAAGUUAGCUAAAUAGCAUGCUAAGCUAGUCCAUAUGUUAAACUCGUCACAUGAUAUUUCACACAUAAAAACCAGCAUCAUAACAUUUCAUUCAUGUUAGCAUUUUAGCCACAUUUGCUAAAUGUAAUGGCUGAAUUAGCAAACUAAGCUGGUAUAUUUGGAAAGCUUCAUAGCUAUAUUUGCUCACUGUUACUACGAGCUUUGCUAACCAGCAGGCUAAAUACAUAUUAGCAUACACAAUUAACACUGAUUCAUGUCAGCUUUUACAGCUAGCUUUAUUAAGUAGAAAGCUAGAAACAAUUU